GAGAAUGCGUUCUUGACUUCCGAGGGGGUAGAUAUAGAUAUAUAGAGUGAGAAGAGAGAGAUGAUGAUGAUGGGUGAUACAGGUCUGCCAAAUCCGAUCAUCCAAGUCCCUCCGUGGGACCUACUAGAUGAUCCAACGGCCAUGAUGGGCUCUCCAUUUUCGAUCAAUGCCCUUUCCGUUAACCUUAACGGCAAUGCCACCAGCCCCAACGGCGACAACAACUACGACGCCUUAACGGCGUCCCUCCAGCGUUAUCUUCCCUCAAAUGUCAACAACUUGGUCUCUGAAUCUGAUGCUCUGCAAGGUGAUGACUACGAUAUUCCGGUGAACGCGUUCUCAUGCGAUCAGUUCCGCAUGUACGAGUUCAAGGUGAGGAGGUGCGCACGUGGGAGGUCACAUGACUGGACGGAGUGUCCGUACGCCCAUCCCGGCGAGAAGGCUCGCCGGAGAGACCCACGAAAGUACAACUACUCCGGCACUGUGUGCUCGGAGUUCCGAAAAGGUCAGUGUAAGAAGGGUGACUCGUGUGAGCUAGCACACGGCGUAUUCGAGUGUUGGCUCCAUCCGUCUCGCUAUCGUACGCAGCCCUGUAAGGAUGGAACCCACUGUCGACGCCGAGUCUGUUUCUUCGCUCACACCCCUGACCAGCUCCGAGUCUUGCCUCAGACGAGUCCGAGAAUGUCUGACUCGUUUGAUGGGUCUCCGAGUCGACUCGGUCUCGACUCGUACGGGUCGUUUGGGUCGUCUCCGACUUCGACUCUUUAUUCCCCGCCGGUGUCUCCUCCGUCUGACUCGCCACCCAUGUCGCCCCAUGGGUCGCUGAGUGUGAACUCAGUGAGUGAACUCGCUGCGUCUAUGAGGAAUCUUCAAAUCGGGAAGGCGAGGAUGAGCAUGAGUCCACCUUCGUGGGGUGUUCAGAUGGGUUCUGGGUUUUGUUCGCCCCGGAGUCAAUCGAAUCUCCGACCCGGGUUUCUGAGUCUGCCUACGACUCCAACUCGGGUUCCAACUCGUUCUGGACUAAAGGUUUUCGAGCUCUGGGAGAAGAACUGUGAAGAAGAGCCUGUCAUGGAGAGGGUGGAGUCUGGGAAGGAGCUGCGUGCAAAGAUAUACGCGAAACUCAGCAAGGAAAACUCGCUGGACCGAGUUGAAUCGGCUUCUCCGGGCCCUGACGUCGGGUGGGUCUCGGAGCUGGUCAUGUGAUCCGGGUCUGAUUGCUUUGGUGUGCCUGAUUCAUUCUUUUGGUGGUUGAUGGUCCGAAAACCAAAUGGGUCACCUUUUGAUUCUUCAGCUGACUUGUGAAUAUCAAUGUCAAUACUUGGUCUGUGUAAAUAUUUGAUCGUACGGCAGAGAUUAGUCGCUAAAUCUCUAUUUUGUGGUGGUGGCUUUAAUUUUUUGGGGAUGAAAAAAAAAAAAAUGGCAACUUGUCUGACACAAGAAGGGGGUUCUUAGGGGUUGCCAAAAAUGGCAUAUGGGGUUCACAUUUGUAUUUUCUUUUUGGAUUUUCCCGGAAAAUUUAUCUUCUUAUGUAAUCUGCCAAGCUCAUGGUGUUUAUGCCUUGAUCAAUGUAAUUAAUAUAUUUUCAUCUA